AUGGCCACCGUCAUCUCCCGCCCGCAAGAUACCCCCCUGCCCGUCGUCUCUCCGCCCCCGGAGGCCGCAGAGCCCCUCCCGGACAAGAUCAGCGCGUACUACUCCCUCGUCUUCCCCAACUUCACCUACUAUCUCCAGACCCUCACCGUCACCAUUGGCCGCCGCUGCGUCCCAGCCAACAUCGCCUCCACCUCCGACAGCCCACAAGUGGAUGUCGAUCUCGGCUCUCUCAAGAGCGUGUCGCGUCUUCACGCGAGGAUAGAGUACGACGAGAACGAGGAGCGCUUUGUCCUCGUUGUCCUCGGCCGCAACGGCGCGUGGGUGGAUGGUGUUUGGUCAGGCAGUGGCAGCAAGGUCCCUCUCGGCGACAGGUCACAGAUACAGAUUGCCUCGCGCACAUUUCAUUUCAUCCUGCCCCCUCCCGCACCCCCAGAAGACUCCCCCUCCCCUAGCUCCCAGUCGUCUGGCGGCCACAGGGCACGUUCGCCUUCAGUUGAUAUCACUUCCUACUCGCCACCAUCCUCAUUGCCUUCCCAAUCCCCGCCACCCGUGCACGUUCCUGCCUCUGCCCCCAAGAUACCGCCGCUGCCGGACUCUGCGCUCCCUAAUUCUAAUGCAAUACCACACAAGCCGAACGGGAAGAAGCGCAAAAAGCCUGAUACGGCCUCCCCGCCUCUCCCCACUCCAGAAGUCAUGCCGCCCAAGCCGCAGCUGACCUACGCCCAGCUGUGCUAUCGGGCUAUCAAGGCUCUCAACGGCAAGGCGUCCCUUCAGGAGAUCUGUCAAUGGAUCAAAGACACGUUCGAUUGGUACAAGUACUGUAGCAAGGACUGGGAGAGCUCGGUCCGCCACAACUUAUCAUCGAACCCCGGGUUCAAGAAGCUCCUCCGCCCCAAGGACGAGAAGGGCAAGGGCGCACUCUGGGGAGUCGAUGAGGCUCACGAGCAGUCGUUCGAGGAGCUCGACGCACGCAAGAGCGCUGCCGUCGGUGUUAGUGGUGGCAAGGAUGGGAAGCUGGGUGGGAAGAAGGGGAGAAGCGUUCCGCUAGAACCUCCGCUCAAGAGGAGUGUGAAAGGAGAUCUCAGAGGUGCUCCAUUGCCUCCGCCGCUCACCUCUGCCCCUCUCGUCUUCAAGACCACAAAGCCCGCCUUCACUCCUGACACCACCGCGUCGUUGUCAGCCGCUCAAACACCCCCCACGGCUUGUUCUUCGUCUUCUGUGAAAGCGGAGGAGCUCUCCGCUUCCCUCGCACCAUCUCUUUACCCUCCAGCCAAGACUUGUCUCCUUCCGGCCGGCGCCCCCCCAGCCAGUGUCUUGGCUCAACAAUCCCAAUCAUCACCUCCAAGCUCCGGCUCAUCGGCCACAACCCCCUUCCCCGUUAUCCCAGCGUCCGUCCGGAUCCCAAUCGUGGUUGGUCCCGUGCCUGCUUCACACAAUACAGGCGACGGCCCGCCCCAGCCCAUCGUCUUGCAUGCCAAUACACUCAUCCUCAACCCCGAGAUCUUCGCCCACCUCACGCAGCCACAACUCCAGGACCUAGAGAAGCUUGGCGCACAGAAGGCUCUCGAAAUUCUUCAGGCAUAUAUCGUUCGCUACUACAAGGAGAAGCUCAAGGCCGAGGGUAGCCGCGGCCGUGGGCGCGGCCGGCCUCGUCGAGGCCGGGGAGGCGCGACGGGUCGUGGUGCGGCGUCAACGGGCACGGGAGCUUCCGCCGCUCCUCACACAGAGACUUCCACCGGCCCGUUCACGACUGCUCCUCUUCCUUCCCGAUCCCCGAGCGCGCAUCCACCAAUACAAGCCGCCGAAGCUGCUCCGGACUCGCCUAUCGUCGUCGUUGAUGACGAUGACGACCCCGAACACCGAGACGAACCCGCAGCAAAGCGCCGGCGACUGGAGGAUCCCGUCGUGGACGUCAUGACUGCAUAG